AUGAUGGUGAUGAGUGUGUGGAAGUCGAAAGGUGGUGGACCCCAUGUCGAUGUUGCUAAUAAUUCCGUUCGAGUUUUGAUACAUGAUAUGGUCAGUCGAGAGUAUUUGCAUUUCGCUUGCGUAUUCUCGUUUUGCAGCUGCUGCUCCAUUACUAUUGUCGAGCACGGAACUGCUGCCGCGACUUCUCUAGUAGACUCAGUUUCUCUGCCAGUCGGGUUCGCUUGUCCCUCCCCUGGAUUUUCAGAUUUUGGCACGGCAUUUCUAUGGACAGCUGUUUCCAACUCGUUGCCAGCAUCUACACAUUAA